AUGGCCGAAUCUAAACUCACGGAAAGCGCACUCCUUGUUAGAACAAUUGUAGAAGAAUGUUUAAGAAAGCUAGAAAUUCUAGAAUGCUGCACUAAGAAUGCUAAAUUAUACGACUGUAGCGGCACUUAUUCAAUUGCUGAAUUACUGCACCACAAAAGACUAGGGUUGCAAUCGAUUGUACUGGAGCUUACGGAAAAUCCGAAACAGCUGCCAUCAUCAGUCACCUCACUUAGCACACUGGGAAGUUCCAUUCCAGUCGAUGAAAGUGCUUCGGGAGAAGAUAGAAUCUACUACGAUCGCUUUGAGUUUCUUGACAAAUGUAAGGUUAUUCAGCGUCUAGCAAAAAGGCUUGAAAUGCUACAAUUUCAGUGCCACGAAUGGAACCACAAACUUCACGAAGAGUCACAAAUCGAAAUGACAAAACAGCGCUUUGUAAUGUUGUGGGAAUUGGCACGAAAGGAACAGUUGCAAAAAUCUAUUUCCCUUCGUGUGCAAGAUUUACAGCAGGAACAAACGAUCGCCGAUCGAAGCAGAACCAACGCAAUUCGAGCAGCUCUUAAAAUCGAUGAAUACUACGAUUGGAAGCUGGCAAACAUUGAGCAAUCGAUCGAAGAUUGGAUGACCCGAUUCGAUCGUGAAAAGGAGGAACAAGAUUCACGGUUCCAGAAAGCGCGCGCAACGGAAAAGCUCUGGAACGAAUUACUGCAGCUACACGAACAACAGGCACAGGAAAUUGUUGAUUUGGAAAAGGAUUUGGAGCGCUGGGAGGAAGAUGCGAAAUUUAAAGAGUACUGCCACCGAAUGGCUACCAAAUUGCAAGCCUGGUGGCGUGGCACGAUGGUACGGAAAGGAUUUGGGCGGUUUGACACUACCGGCAAGAGGAACAAGGGCAAGAAAAGCAAAGCAAAGGGUAAAAACUCAAAAAAGGGUAAGAAAUAG